AUGGGGACAACGAAUCUUAUCCCUAUUGGCUUCAAAGGAAUAAUUAAGGCGGCAAAGUCUGUGCAUCUACUUAUGGGUGGACCAUUCAGCGUUUCUCUCUCCUGUUAUUAUUGGUCGAGAAUGAAGGAGGAAGAGGGAAAGAAAUGGGAUGCACAAAGUGGCCAUAAGGGUACUGAAGAACACAAUCUAGUGAGCAUAAGGGCGAUGAAGGACAUAUUCGCUCAUUACGUUAUCGAUAUUACAACUGCCGUUACAUAUGAAGGCCAACUGCAACAAGUCAAGCAUACGACGAUUAUGCCUUAUCAGUUAUCGCUGUACUCAAUCUCUUUUCAAGGCGAUAAUUCAAUGUGUUUACUCCGUUUGUACCCAUUAAGCUCGAAAUCAGUGUAG